AUGGGACCCUCUUUCCUUUUCCCUGAAACUAACGCAGGGACGGGUAACUCAAAAAUUGUCAAUGAGCAAUCAAAAGCUGCUAGCUCCGUCAAAGCCAAAUCCUUUGUUUCUGUGGUAUCUAACAACGUGUGCGAUAUUCCUCUAAGUCAACUACCCACGCCUUGCCUUAAAGGUGAUAGGUUAGCCAUCACUAUUCCGGAGGAUGAAUACGCUCUGGGGGUAGAAGCAUGCAAACAUCAUCUUCAUGGACGCGUGGUCUGGUCCAAAGGUUCACAGCCGCUUACAGUUGUAAGUUUGAAAAACAAACUUCUUGAAGUUUGGCCUCAAAUUGGAAAAUGGGGUAUAACUUCCUUAGGAAAGGGUUUCUUCGAAUUUGCUUUCUCAUCUCUAGAAGAUGUGCAACGACUUAGAUCUGUUAAUGCUUGGUCCAUUCCUAAUGGAAUCCUGAAAUUGUUUCCUUGGACAAAGGAUUUUAUCCCAUCUACACUGAAGCAGACCUCGGCUCAGGUUUGGAUAAGAGUUCAUGGGCUUUCACAGGAGUAUUGGAGACCCAAGAUCCUAUUCACUAUUGCUAGCAGCAUUGGUACUCCAAUUUGCAUCGAUUCAGCCUCCAACAAAUCCGCGUUUGAACGACCUUUUGGGCAUUUUGUGCGGAUUCUAGUUGAUCUGGAUCUUACGAAAGAACUAAGCUAUAAAAUUCUUGUUGAAAGGGUUGGGUUUGCUUUUUUGGUAGACAUAGAGUAUGAAAAAAUCCCGAAUUUCUGCACAUUCUGUAAUUGUAUUGGUCAUUCUGUCUCCAAUUGUAAGCGAAAGAAGCAAGAUAAGGGUAAAGCAAAGGAAACUAUAUCAAAGAAAGACAAAACGAUUUUUAUCCCGACAGGGAAAAGAUUCAUUGCUGGGGAAAGCUCUAAAGCAAAUCUUGAGGAUCAUAGCACUGAGAUGAAUGAUGGGGAAGAUAAUAACCAUACUAACACCAAUUUGGUUGUUGUGGAAGACUCCCUUCCUAAUGGGAAAUCUGUGGAUCACAUAAACAGGAAUAUUGACACUGUGGCUCUCAAUGAUGUAAACAAUGAAGCCAUACUGGUUCCAAUCCUUAAGCCUCAAAGUUUGGUGGAUUUAGGGACUGCGGAUUCAUCUGAAAGUGAGUUUGUAGAUGCAACUCUGCAGGUUGACUAUGUUCCUGAAACACAAUUGGAUGAGCGGUUCAAAAACCAAGUCACUGAGUUCCUUAGUGAGUCUUGGAACAAUAUGGCAGAUAUGGAAGACCCGGGGGUGGAUUUAUUCCAACAAAAGGAUUUCCAGCUCGUUACCAACAAGAAGAAAAGAAAUAAGAAGAUAGCAACUAAUACCAGACGGGUGUCUGGUCCAAAUCACCUUACCUUAUGA